AUGGCACCGGCCAUCUCCAAACCUGCGAGCGACGCUCCCCAGAAGCCUGAGGAGAGCGGCACUCCUUACGCCAACUUACUCAAAGCUCAGAAUCGCCAGCCAGACGCGUUCGACAGGGCGGUCAUGACCUGGCAAGCAGUGACCAACGGCAUCUCCAAGGCGGGCUCAAGCAUCGCCAAGCUUGCGAAGAAAGCCAAGAAUAAGAGAGAUGGUGUUCCGGGAGAGAGUUUCCCAGACCCGCGUCUUCAGGGCAUAGGAAAGCCGCAUGAGAACUACGACCGGACGAGUACGAACGAGUCGCUGCAGAGCUUGAAUGGAGGAUUACAGUAG